AUGGCGGCGGCGGCGGCGUUGGACCCGAAGGACGCGGCGGCGCAGCUGGCGGCGGCGAACGAAGCCGCGCGACGCGCGGCCGACGCGAGGUUCCCGAACGCGUUCAGAGGCGCGUCGUUCUCCGUUCCGGUGCGGCGCGACGCGAAGAUACAGGAAGCGCGCGAGGGGCUGCCGAUAUUGGGCGCGGAGCACGACAUCGUGGACGCGAUCAAUCAUCAUCCGAUCACGGUGAUCUGCGGCGAGACCGGGUGCGGGAAGACGACGCAGGUGCCGCAGUUUCUGUACGAGGCGGGCUACGGGGACGAAGACUGUCUCGACCACCCCGGCGCGGUCGCGGUGACGCAGCCGAGGAGGGUCGCGGUGACGUCCACCGCGACGCGCGUCGCGAAGGAGUUGAGCGUGAAGCUCGGCGGCGAGGUCGGGUACCAGGUGCGGUACGACAAGAGAGUCGGCGCGUCGCCGCGGAUAAAAUUCAUGACGGACGGCGUCCUCCUGCGCGAGAUUCAGUCGGACCUGCUGCUUCGAAAAUACAGCGUCGUGAUCGUGGACGAAGCGCACGAGCGGAGCGUGAACACGGACAUCCUGUUGGGUCUGCUGUCGCGCGUCGUCCCGCUGCGCGCGGAGCUCGCGAUGGAGGGCCGGCCGGGGAUCACGCCGCUGCGUCUCGUCGUCAUGUCCGCGACGUUGCGAGUGGAGGAGUUCGUCGGGAACAAGAAGCUGUGCCCGACGCCGCCGGCGCUCUUGAAAAUCGCCGCGAGGCAGUACCCGGUGACGGUGCACUUCGCGCGCGUCACCGAACACGGGGACUACCUGAACGCCGCGAAGAAGAAGACGCUCGCGAUUCACAAGAAGCUCCCGCCGGGCGGGAUUCUCGUCUUCGUCACCGGUCAACGCGAGGUCGAGGGGUUGUGCGAUAAACUCCGAAAGGCGUUCCCGAAGAAAGAGAAGAAAGGCGCGGGGGAGGCGGCGACGGCCGGGCGCGAAGCGACGCCGCCGCCGGACGACGACGACGACGGCGACGGCGACGGCGACGGCGACGGCGCGGCGUUGGACGCAGCGCACGCGCCGACGUCCGACGCGCCGGGAUCCCGAUCCCGCGCGGAAGACGACGGCGAGGACGACGGCCCGGGGUACCUGCACGUGCUGCCUCUGUACGCGCUGCUGCCGCCGACGCUGCAGAAGCGCGUGUUCGACCCGCCGCCGAGGGGCGCGAGGCUCGUGAUCGUGUCGACGAACGUCGCGGAGACGUCGCUCACGAUUCCCGGCGUGCGAUACGUCGUCGACGCCGGGCGAGAGAAACGCCGCGUGUACGGCGACGACGCCGCCGGCGUCGGCGACGGCGCGGGCGCCGCGAGCGCGAGCGCGGGACUCUCCAAGUUCGAGGUCGGCUGGGUCAGCAAAGCGAGCGCGGAACAGAGAGCGGGACGCGCGGGGCGCACCGGUCCGGGGCACUGCUACCGCCUGUUCUCCUCCGCGCACUUCGUGAACGAGCUCCCUCCGCACGCGCCGCCGGCCAUCCUCGGCGUCCCCGUCGAGGGCGUCGUGCUGCAGAUGCGCGCGAUGGGGAUCGACCGCGUCGGGAGGUUCCCGUUCAUAUCCCCGCCGUCGCCGGCGGCGUUGGACGCGGCGCGGAAGACGCUCGCCAUUCUCGGCGCGUUGGCACCCGCCGCGGGGGCGGAGAAUAGAAAAUACGGGCACUUCGGGUCGUUCGGCGCGGACGACGACGUCGGGGUCCUGACCGAGGUCGGACGCGCGAUGGCGGCGCUGCCGAUAUCGCCGCGGCACGCGCGGAUGCUCCUCGCGGCGCUCGGCGCGUCGCCGAGCGGCGGCUGCCUCGCCGCCGCGGUGGCGACGGCGGCGGCGCUGUCGGUCGACUCGCCGUUUCUUCGCUCGGACGCGAAGCAGAGCGACGCGACGGACGGCGACGCUCCGGCGGACGACGAGGAGCGAAAGCGGCGGCGGAAGCUCGCGCACAAGUUUCAUCACCCGAACAGCGACGCGCUGAGCGCCGCGAGGGCGCUCGUCGCGUUCGACGCCGCCGGGGGAGUGGACGACCCGAGGGCGGCGGAGAAAUUUUGCGUCGAGCACCGCCUGCACGGGAAGACGAUGCGCGAGAUGAGCGAUCUGCGGCGACAGCUGCUUCGAAUUCUCUCGAAGCCGCCUCCCUCGGACCCGGCGGCGUCGUCGCUAGAGAUUGGCGCCCCGGGGGAAACGUCUUUGAGACGAGCGUUACUCAUCGGCUGGGCCGACCGCGUCGCGCGACGCUCGAAACCGUCGGACGUGCGCGAGAAGUACGACGAGAACGACAACACGAAAGCGACGCGGUACAAGCCCGCGAUGUUGGACCAAAACGUCUUCCUCCACCCGUCGUCGACGCUGCACCGAAGCGCGCCGGACUACGUCGUGUACGUGGACUUGAUGCAGACCGCGAAGCGACCUUACGUCAUCGGCGCCACGGUCGUCGACGCGGCGUGGCUCGUCGACGACGCGGCCGCGCUGACGUCGCUGUCGUCGCCGUUGGAAGAGCCCGCGCCGCGGUACGUCCGAGCGCGCGACGCCGUCGUCGCGUUCGCGCAGCCCUCGCACGGGAGGCACCGCUGGGAGUUACCCCUGCACGCGGUGCCGCUGACCGCGGAGAGAGGCGGCUGCGGCGCGUUCGCGGCGGCGCUGCUGUCCGGCGCGGUGUCGGCGCCGAUGGCGGAGUUUCGAGAUAAGCUCGCGGCGAAGCCUUCGCUGUGCGCGCGGCCGGAGGGCAAGUCGCAGCGACGGGUGAUCGAGUUGAUUCACGCGCUGAGACGGCGGAACGUCGCGAGCCGCGCGGCGCUGAUCGAGGUUUGGAGGAGAGAGCCGCGAUAUUUGAUGCCGGAGGUUCGUGACUGGAUGAAGUCCGGGAUGGGGCACGCGAUCGAGAGGGCGUGGCCGCGGAUCGUCUCCGGCGACGCGCCCGCGCCUUCGAGUUCAAACGCGGACGACGACGCGUCUCGAGGACGGUCGAGAGUCCCGUCCGCGUCGGUCGCGGGCGGGACGGAAGCGCGCGCGGCGCUCAAGGCGAAAAGACGCGAGGCGGAGAAACGCGCGGGCGGCGGCGGGACGGGAGGUGGAAAGAAACGGAAGACGGUCGUGAACAGGAAGGCUCUCGGGGGCGGUCCGGGGUUGAGCAUCUGGGACUAG